AUGGUGGGCAUUGAGCUGCUCUGUGAAUCUGCAGCCCUGCUGCCGUGUCGCGGCGCCGCACGCGUGGGCGCACUGGGUGUUCGCUACUCCCCUGCAAGUUCAUUUGCAGGAGUUGAGAACCUGAGAGCACAGAAGGUGCAUCUUGCCGACUGCCUGCUCCUCCGUCUGGCUGGACUACUGGUCCUUUCUCGAGGUCAGCGGCAUCCCGGGCAUCACGGCCGGGAUCACAUCCACUGCCCCCAUCAGGAGGCUCCGGGCACAGGUCAGGCCUCCCCCAAGGUCAUUGCAGGCAAUACUGCUUUUGCUCUCCGCUUCUGCCACCUGAUGGCUUCCCAACCCUACGGGAGCAACGUCUUCUCCCCGCUGAGCAUCUCCGCCGCCUACGCCAUGCUGUCCCUGGGGGUCCGCUAGCACAGCGAGGGUCUCGGCUUCAAUCUCACAGAGGUGUCAGUAUCUGACAUGCUCAGGGGCUUCCAGAACCUUCUGCACACUCUCCACCUCCCGGCCGACGGGCUGGAGAUACGUGUGGACAGCACCCCGUUGUUGAGCCUGGAGCUGCCGCUCCUUCCAAGAUUCCUUAAUGACUCCGUGACCUUCUAUGAGUCCAAACUCUUCCACACCAACUUCGACGACUCUGAGGGCACAACUCAGCUUAUCAACAACCAAGUCAGGGAGGAAACUCGAGGGAAGAUUGUGGAUUUGGUCAACGAGCUCAGCGCGGAUACCACGAUGGUGCCGGUGAAUUACAUUUACUUCAAAGCUCUGUGGGAGACGCCAUCCAUCCCCUUGAUGACCUCUCCCCAUGACUUCUAUGUUGAUGAGGAUACAGUAGUCAAGGUGCCUGUGAUGCUGCAGGAUACCCGGCACCACUGGUAUCUUCCCGACAGAUACUUGCUCUGUUCGGUGCUAUGGAUGGAUUACAAAGGAAACGCAACAGCCCUUUUCAUCCUUCCUAACUGAGGGAACGUGGAGCAGGUGGAAGAGGUUUUGACUCCAGAGAUGCUGACAGGGUGGGGUAAUCUGCUUCAGAAGAGGAAGCUCAAGUUGUAUAGCCCCAAAUUCUCCAUUUCUGGCUCCUAUAAAUUAGAUCAGAUUUUGCCCAAGCUGGGCGUCACGGACUUGUUCUCGUAGCAGGCUGACUUGUCUGGCAUCACUGAACAGCUAAACCUGCAGGUGUCCAAGAGUUUCCACAAAGCCAUCCUGGUGGUGGAUGAGGUUGGCACCCAGGCUGCAGCAGCCACCAGUGGCUUUGUCACCUUCUGGUCCCGGGAAAUUACCAAGCCCUUCCUUGUGGAGAUCUUUUCCACCAACACCCAGAGCAUCCUCUUUCUGGGAAAGGUUGUCAACUCCACGAAGCCAUAG